GAGAUCUUCAACGUGAAAUAAGCUAGAGCGUGGUGAGCACCUGCAAGGAUGAUAACCAUGCGUCCCAUGACACACCUGGGAACUCCACCAGAUCCAGUACAUCCGGGACAGCACUGGGCUGGCCAAGUUCAACUCCAGCUGAGCCCGAACCGGCAUCGAAGGUGUAUUCUGUGCGCUCAUCUCCCCAUGCGAGGGACCAGCGACGAGCGCCUCCCCUGAGGAGGGAGCACAGAUCGUAUUUCCGGGACGCCACUUCCACACGGCAUGAUUUCAGAGGAUCGAUAGCGAGUGUAGUGCGUCGGAGAGAAUCCGCGUUCGCCAGAGAAAGCAGGGGCAGAAACGAGCCCCAGAAAGCGGAAUAAAUGACUUUCAUGGAAGGGAUCGAUUGGGGGAGGGAAAGCGUUGGCCGCGCAUGUUUCUCGCAUGUCAGUGUCUCCGGAGGGUCUCGUGAUAGAACCUUGAUCAGGUGGGGUAAAGGUGGAGUCCAGGCUGUCAACCCAGCCGAUCAGAACCGAUCCGGUGAAUAAUUAAAGUUUGACAGAGAGACAGCGCAUCAAUGAUGUAUGAUGAUUCCGGGCCGCC